UUCUAGGCAAGAAAGCCCCAAGACCUUGUAGGAGUGGUAGUCUCGGAGUCACUUCCGUGCCAGGCUUCCGCGUGGUGGGCAGUGUGGGCAUCCCAGCACUGAGUUCUGCCCGGGAGAAGCCGACCCCUCCCGCAAUGCCCGCCCCGCCUUGCGCCUCCUGCCAUGCUGCACGUGCCGCCCUCCGCCGUCCGCUCUCGGGCCAAGCGCUGUGCGGUGCCUGCUUCUGCGCCGCCUUCGAGGCCGAGGUGCUGCACACGGUGCUCGCCGGCCGCCUGCUGCCGCCCGGCGCGGUGGUGGCCGUGGGCGCCUCGGGCGGCAAGGACUCCACGGUGCUGGCGCACGUGCUGCGCGCGCUGGCGCCGCGCCUGGGCAUCUCACUGCAGCUCGUGGCCGUCGAUGAGGGCAUCGGUGGCUACCGGGACGCGGCGCUGGCGGCCGUGCGGCGCCAGGCGGCGCGCUGGGAGCUGCCGCUCACGGUCGUGGCCUACGAAGACCUCUUUGGGGGCUGGACGAUGGACGCCGUGGCCCGCAGCACAGCCGGCUCCGGCCGCAGCCGCUCCUGCUGCACCUUCUGUGGAGUGCUGCGGCGCCGGGCGCUGGAGGAAGGAGCGCGCCGCGUGGGAGCCACGCACAUCGUGACAGGUCACAACGCCGACGACAUGGCGGAGACCGUGCUCAUGAACUUCCUACGGGGCGACGCGGGGCGGCUGGCCCGGGGCGGGGGCCUGGGCUCUCCCGGCGAGGGGGGCGCCCUGCCGCGCUGCCGCCCGCUGCAGUUCGCCUCGCAGAAGGAGGUGGUGCUGUACGCGCACUUCCGCCGCCUCGACUACUUCUCCGAGGAGUGCGUCUACGCGCCCGAGGCCUUCCGCGGCCACGCCCGGGACCUGCUCAAGCGCCUGGAGGCUGCGCGGCCGUCGGCGGUGCUGGACCUCGUGCACUCGGCCGAGCGCCUGGCGCUGGCCCCGGCCGCGCGGCCCCCGCGCCCCGGCGCCUGCUCCCGCUGUGGGGCGCUGGCCAGCCGCACGCUCUGCCAGGCCUGCGCGCUCCUGGACGGCCUGAACCGCGGCCGGCCCCGCCUGGCCAUCGGCAAGGGCCGCCGGGGUCUGGACGAGGAGGCGACGCCGGGGACGCCCGGGGAUCCGGCCCGGCCCCCCGCCUCCAAGGCCGUCCCCACCUUCUAGCGACUUCGGGCCUCCCGCCGGGAUCUGAUGCCGCGGGGUGGGGGCUGCCUGUAAAUGACACUGUGAAUAAACCCGUUACCUUA